CUAGAGAACGUCACAAACGUCAAAGCCGUAUUCCACAGGUAUGGUUAUGAUCACGAGACGAUUAAUUGUACCGAUAUCAUGGUUAGCAAGAAUCAAGUCGACGAGUACUCGGCAGUUGAGUGCAACGAUGAGUACUGUCUGCGUGAAAUCUUUACUCUACAAGGAGUACGGUGAUCCUAUCAGCGUUCUCCAAGUGACAACGCAAACGAUCGACAAGCCAGCGAGCGAUGAAGUAUGUGUAAAAUGGUUACUGUCGCCAGUAAAUCCAGCCGAUAUAAACACGAUACAAGGGAAAUAUCCUAGUAAACCACCCUUACCAGCUGUGGCAGGAAAUGAAGGAGUUGGAGAAAUACUAGCUGUAGGCUCUAAUGUGCAGAAUUUGUGCAUUGGAGAUAGAGUGGUACCAAAUUGCCCUAAUCUUGGAACAUGGAGAACACAUGCUAAUUAUAACUUCAAAGAUAUCUCGAAAGUCCCAAGUCAUCUGAGUUUGGUUGAAGCAGGUAUGUUAAAUGUAAACCCAUGUACGGCCUAUCGAAUGUUGAAAGAUUUUAUUACUCUAAAACCUGGAGACACUGUGAUACAGAAUGGUGGUAAUUCUGCGGUUGGUCAGCUAGUUAUUCAAUUGUGCAAAUUAUGGAAUUAUAAGUCUAUCAGUAUUGUUCGAAACAGGCCAAAAAUACAAGAAUUAAAGGAUCAGCUGAAAACUUUAGGUGCAGAUGAGGUGUUGACUGAAGAGGAGCUUCGUACCACCCAGUUGUUUAAAAGUGGAAAGUUACCCACACCAAAGCUGGCUCUCAAUUGUAUUUCUGGGCAAAAUGCGCUUGAGGUUACGCGCCAUCUCGCUCAUAGUGGCGUCAUGGUAACUUAUGGUGGCAUGUCCCGAGAACCACUGACCAUUCCCAUCGCUUCUCUUAUUUUUAAGAAUCACUCUUUCAAAGGAUUUUGGAUGACAGCUUGGACGAAAGAAAAUAUGGAAUCCAAAGAAAGGGUUGACAUGUUUAACGAUUUGGCGAAUUACUAUAAAGAUAAAAAAUUGCAAACGCCUUUGCAUAAAUUAGUGCCUUUUGACGAGUAUCAGGAAGUUAUCGCUAGCGCAGUCAAAUUCGAUGGUCGUACGGGCGUGAAAUAUAUUUUGGAUAUGACGAAGUCUUAAGAUAAUCUUUCCGUAUACAGUUACAUAUGAAUUUUCGUAUUCAUUUUUAAAAAUAUUGCAUUACUCUUAUAAAUGGGCUGGAAAGUAUAUUUGGGAUUAUUAAUGGGAUUUAGAAGUAUAUUUGCAUUUAGUAGCAUUUUAUGUUAUCUUCCCAGUGUUUUGUAAAAUACGUAUGCUGUUUUAUACGUUUCAAACAAAACUGACGAGAAGCGCGUCAUGUAAGAUAGAACGGCCACUUUUUGUAAUGGAAAUGUAACAUGUUUAUUUGUAGGAAUAUCGCAAUGCUGGUGUAUAAAUAUGCAGGAAAAAUACAGGAAAAAUAAUUGCAA